AUGGAUGAAUGUAACGGAAUUAAAACUCCCAUGGAAAGAAAUUACAAUAUAGAAAUAAAUGACAAUACAGAAGUUUUGGACGUACCGUAUCGAGAACUAAUAGGAAGUCUAAUUUAUCUUACUGUAACAACAAGACCGGAUUUAACAUUUGCAGUGUCAUAUCUGAGCAGAUUUUUAGAUAAACCGAACGAAGAAUUAUGGAAAGCUGGAAAAAGAGUAGUACGUUAUUUGAAAGAAACAAAAGAAAAAGGAUUAUUAUUUAAAAAGACAAAUGACAAUAAUUUAUACGGAUUUUCUGAUGCCGAUUGGGCUGGAGAUAGAAGCGACAGAAAAAGUGUUAGCGGUGGUAUUAUCCUACAAGGGCAAAACCCCAUUGCUUGGUUUUCAAAGAAGCAACAAUGCGUAACUUUAUCGUCUGCUGAAAGCGAGUAUGUAGCCGCCGCAUCAUUAGCACAGGAAUUUGUUAAUUUAAAAGGCAUAUGUAAGCACCUAGGUUGUGAUGUAAAUGCCGUGCUAUUUGUUGACAACAAAAGUGCGAUAUCAAUGGCCAAGAAUUACGAGAACUCUAAGCGUACAAAACACAUUGACAUACGGUUUCAUUAUAUAAAAGACUUGGUUGUCAAUAAGGUGAUCAGCAUUGAACAUAUUUGUACCAAUGAAAAUUUAGCGGAUGUUAUGACUAAAAGUUUGAGCACAGACAAGUUUUAUAAAUGCAUUAAGAAGUUUUUGUGCUAA